CAUGGCGGACCUCGAUAAAUGGGUUGAAAUCGCAAAACAAUGCAAAUAUCUCCCAGAAAAUGACCUAAAGAAACUAUGUGAUUUGGUGUCAGAGUUACUCCUGGAGGAAUCCAAUGUCCAGCCUGUUUCAACCCCUGUCACAGUUUGUGGGGACAUCCAUGGACAGUUCUAUGAUCUUAAGGAACUUUUCAGAACUGGUGGGGAAAUACCUGACACAAAUUACAUUUUUAUGGGAGACUUUGUAGAUCGUGGUUAUUACAGUUUAGAAACUUUCACACUGCUAUUGACAUGUAAAGCAAAGUGGCCUGACAAAAUCACUCUUCUUCGAGGUAAUCAUGAGAGUCGACAAAUCACACAAGUUUAUGGGUUUUAUGAUGAAUGUCAAACGAAGUAUGGGAAUGCCAAUGCAUGGAGACAUUGUUGUCGAGUGUUUGACUUGUUAACAGUUGCUGCGAUAAUUGAUGAAUGUAUCCUAUGUGUUCAUGGUGGUCUGUCUCCAGACAUCAAGACACUGGACCAGAUACGCACCAUCGAGAGAAAUCAAGAGAUACCACACAAGGGAGCAUUUUGUGAUCUCGUCUGGUCGGAUCCUGAGGAUGUCGACACGUGGGCUGUGAGUCCGCGAGGAGCUGGAUGGUUAUUUGGGUCAAAAGUGACAAAUGAGUUUGUCCACAUCAACAAUAUAAAUCUGAUAUGUAGAGCACAUCAACUAGUACAUGAAGGCUACAAGUACAUGUUUGAUGAAAAGCUAGUGACAGUCUGGUCUGCUCCGAACUACUGUUACAGAUGUGGCAACAUAGCAGCAGUCUUGGCGUUCACGGAUGCCGACAAUCGUGAGGCGAAGCUUUUCCGUGCGGUUCCUGAUUCCGAGCGAGUGAUACCUACUAGAACAACCACACCGUACUUCCUUUAACGAAUAUUGUUGAUCAUGAGAUUAUCAUCUGUUGGUCUAAUUAGCAAUUUAUUUGAAGCAUUCUUUUCGGGACAUCAAGUGACAUUGUUAAGUAUUCCAUGUGCAGCUUGAAGGGCAUUUCUUUCACCAAUGUGAUUGACUGAUAUUAUCACAUAGCUGUGCAAAUGCUAAUCAGUAUCAGUCCAUUUUGUAUUUGUGACUAUUAUCAUGUUGUUUCAUGUUGGGAUUUAAAGGGGCAAUUACCUGAAAGUGAAAGAAAGUGGAAGACUUUGCCUUUUUCAGAGGGAUUGGAAUUUUUAUGUCAAUUAUUGACUUGACAAUGGUUUACUGACAGCAAGCUUGUGAAAGUGAGAGACCAGUACAGUAUAAUAAUAAGACAGGACAAAUAAAAGAGUCAAAAUAUUUUCAUCGGCCGAACAUGUUAAAAUAUAUCAAUUUAUAAAAUUGCUUGAUAUGUUAAAGUUGAACCUCUGUGGCUAGCCAAUAAUUUUUGUUCACUGUGAAUUUUAUUUGUAAAAAUCUGUUGAGCUGUUUCAUUAAAGGUCUCACAUAGGUGCAUUUUCGUUGGCUGUGAAAAUGUUCCAAGCUGCUUCCUCUUCCUUCAACAAUAGGCCAAUGAGCACAAUGCCGUUGUUUUAACGGGGAGAGGCCCCUUGAGAAUCAUAACAAAUCGUCCUGAUCAUUGCUGUGUUGCACGGAAAGAGAUUCUGUGGUGUUUACUUAACUUUUGUCCAAAAUUGGUCUUUUGAGGACAAAGACACAACCAGAAAAAAUGCAGGAACAAGUUCAAUUUAACUAGGUCCAAUUCCUGACCUAUUUCAAGGUCCAAUUAAAAAUGUGAGGUGUUUGCCUGAUUUGCAUAAAAGAUUUGUAAAUAGCCUGUCAUUAUUAGAUGUUACCCAUUCCCUGAAAAUUGCCCAAACUGACAGUGGGGUAUUAUCAAAAAGUGUCUUCGUUGUGAUGGAGGGAAUUUCAUUACACAGGAGAUCCUUUCGUCAGUACCCUCUUAUACCCCUCAUCUAACUUCGGACAGAAAAUCUUUGAGGUAUGGCAAAGUAGGCAUGUUUUACUGUACUGUGGUUAUGUAAGUACUUCGGACUCCAGGUCCGUUUCGAGUCGCCUGAAAUUCUUCGGUUUAAAGCCAGUCUGGCCAUUAUUUGAAACCAUAUUCUUUGACCGUUGGAACUGGAACUCUUGUGUUUGUGAUAUUCAUUAGGAGAAAAGAGAAAGCAAAUUGACACACCUGUUUUCCUGGUGAUGAGAAAUAGAUUGUUGUUCCCAUAAUUCUUGUGUUUUUGGAAUGGGUUGUAAUAAUGGCAGUCCCUGUGUAUAGUGUAUUUUAUAAGCAAGUCAAUGAAUAAUUUCAGUACUUGUGGAUUAAUCGAGAAUAAAUACUUUUAUUCAAA